AUGGAUCCCGGUGGGUCAGGGGGUAUCAAUGGGUCCCGGGGCGCCCCGCGGCGGCCGCGGCGGCAGCAGCAGCAGCAGCAGCAGCUCCGGGAGCGGCAGCAGCAGCGCCGAGUGCGAGCGCAGCGACACAGGCACCGCAGCGACACCCGCGACAGCGGCGACACCCGCGACGGCGGCGACACCCGCGACGGCGGCGACACCCGCGACACCCGCGACAGCGGCACCGGCGGCGGCCCCCUCCUCCCCCUCCCCGCGGCUCCUCCUCCUCCCGGCAGCUGCUCCCCCUCCCGGCAGCUCCUCCCCCUCCCACAGCUCCUCCCCCUCUCACAGCUCCUCCUCCUCCUCCUCCUCCUCCCGGGUGGUGCCGGAACCCCCGCGACGGCUCCGGGCACCACCCGGAGCUUCUCCCGGCGGAAGCGAGCGGAGGAGCCGCCGUCCUACCUGCGCUGGGUGCCGUUCGAGGGCACCGUGCCCCCCGAUGCCGUCUCCAGCUGGAACGGCUACGCCGGGAGGUUGGAGUUCGUCUGCUCGACGGCGGCGAGGGGCUGCAACACCGGCGCCCACGUCCCGGCGCGGGGCCCCUUCUGCUUCUACCCCUACGGGAACUGGGAGUGGAGAACCGGCGACUUCAAGGUGUUGGUCAACGUAGGCGGCUUUGAGGCGCUGGGCUGGGUGGACGACUCCUUCGGCAACGUGCCCAAGAACGCCGUGGAGGGUUGUCCGUCCGUCGACGUCUUCGUCGGGAGGAACCGCUACGGGCUGGGCAAGGUCUCCAAAAGGCAGAGGGCCGCCUUCAUGAUGGUGGAUGGUGAGGAGGUGUGGUACAAGUGGUACCAGGUCUUGGUGGUGAAGAAAGGGCCGGCAAACGUCACCGUUGAGGACGUCAGCUACAACGUGAGCGGCGCGGUGGAGCGCGGGGAGGACGUCACCCUGACCACGACCACGGUGAGGAACGAAGGCUGCCGAGGGGCGCGUCGAAACGUCACCUUGGAGGAGGCCACCGAGACAGAGCACGACUGGCAGCUGGACCAGAGCGCCUUCGCCGCCGUCCGCGGCGUGCUGCGAGCCGCGCUCCUGACCUUCAACGGGACGGGCUGGGAGGCCACCAACGUCACCGACGUCCCCUGGGUGGGCGGAGCCAGCGCCGGGCAGUAUGUUGUCCACACGCACGUGGUGGAGGAGGAGCUGCGGCCCCGCACGGCGUGCGCGGUGGCCCUGGAGGGCCGGCGCUCCGACGUCCGCGUCCCCUUCGCCGCGCGGCUCACCCGCGAUUUCGGCGACGGGCAACCCCACCGCGUGGCCGUGACGGGGUGGGCGCGCAGCCGCACGGUGCUGGGAGUCCAGCCCCGUGUCAAGGAGUGUUGGCCCAUCGCCGACGUCCCGCCGUGCGCGGCGUAGGGGCGGCAAGGCCCUUCCGCGUAGCUGCUCCCUUCCUUUUUUGGUUUGGUUUGGGUUGGGUUGGCUUUGGGUCAGGUUGGGUUGGAUUGGGUUGAGUUGGGUUGUGUUGAGUUGGGUUGGGUUGAGUUGGGUUGGGUUGCAUUGGGUUGUGUUGAGUUGGGUUGUGUUGAGUUGGGUUGGGUUGCAUUGGGUUGGGUUGGUUUGGGUUGCGUUGGGUUGAUGUGGGUUGGGUUGGGUUAGGUUGGGUUGGGUUGGGUUGCAUUGGGUUGUGUUGAGUUGGGUUGUGUUGAGUUGGGUUGUGUUGAGUUGGGUUGUGUUGAGUUGGGUGGUUGUGUUGAGUUGGGUUGGGUUGCAUUGGGUUGGGUUGGUUUGGGUUGCGUUGGGUUGUGUUGAGUUGGGUUGCGUUGCAUUGGGUUGGGUUGCAUUGGGUUGUGUUGAGUUGGGUUGUGUUGAGUUGGGUUGCGUUGCAUUGGGUUGGGUUGCAUUGGGUUGUGUUGAGUUGGGUUGGGUUGCAUUGGGUUGGGUUGGUUUGGGUUGCGUUGGGUUGAUGUGGGUUGGGUUGAGUUGGGUUGGGUUGGGUUAUGUUGGGUUGGGUUGGUUUGGGUUGCAUUGGGUUGUGUUGAGUUGGGUUGUGUUGAGUUGGGUUGUGUUGAGUUGGGUUGGGUUGCAUUGGGUUGGGUUGGUUUGGGUUGCGUUGGAUUGUGUUGAGUUGGGUUGGGUUGCAUUGGGUUGAGUUGGGUUGAUGUGGGUUGGGUUGGUUUGGGUUGAGUUGGGUUGGAUUGCGUUGGGUUGUGUUGAUUGGGUUGGGUUGCAUUGUGUUGAGUUGGGUUGGGUUGGGAUGAGUUGCGCUGGGUUGGGUUGAGUUGGGUUGGGUUGGGAUGAGUUGAGCUGGGUUGUGUUGAGUUGAGUUGGUUUGGGUUGCGUUGCGUUGUGUUGAGUUGGGUUGGGUUGGGUUGGGAUGAGUUGCAUUGGGUUGAGUUGGGUUGGGUUGGGAUGAGUUGAGCUGGGUUGUGUUGAGUUGAGUUGGGUUGGGUUGCGUUGGGUUGGGUUGAGUUGGGUUGGGUUGAGUUGGGUUGUGUUGAGUUGGGUUGUGUUGAGUUGGGUUGGUUUGGGUUGCGUUGGGUUGUGUUGAGUUGGGUUGGGUCAGGUCGGGUUGCGUUGGGUUGGGUUGAGUUGGGUUGUGUUGAGUUGGGUUGGUUUGGGUUGCGUUGGGUUGUGUUGAGUUGGGUUGGGUUGAGUUGGGUUGAGUUGAGUUGAGUUGGUUUUGGUUGGUUUGCUUUGCUUUGCUUUGUUUUCCCCCCCAAAUAAGUGUCAUCUCACCCCAAAACUGUGACACAACAAACGCGAAUGCAGAAAAACCCGUUUCCCUUU